CCGCUCGCUUCCCAUUCUUCCUCAUACACAGACACACAACAUGGCGGUCUAGAAUGGUCGACCGACGCGCCCGAGCUUACCAACUGUGGGAUUUAGCCCCGAAUAUGCCCGGAGGACACAUCUUGAAGCGGCGAUCCAUGAGGGCGGAUUGAGGAAUUUAAUCGGAAUUGCGACACUUUUUCUUGGAUUGACCACGUCAACUGACAGCGGAGUGUUGGCGGCGUAUCCCAGAUCGCGUUCGCCUCCCUCUUCUGAUAUCGCCAGGUCCCCCACCCCGCUCUCCCUCUCGGCUCCAGGGGUGUGGAGACAGGGGCCGGGGCCGAUAGCGUGGACAAGCAAUCGGGCCCACAUUCCGACUUUCUUUGGCCUUUCCUCCCUCCUUCAGAGCUUCCUUUGGGCGUUACUGGAGUCUUGAAAACUGCUGUGCGAAUGAGUGACUGAUCUCAACUCCGCUUUUUCGGGGCAGAAUGGGUGUGUGUCCCUUGCUCCUGUUGCUAGGUCUCGCCCUCGGGGUCUCAACCCAAGAUCAUGUCCUGGUCACAAGUACUCCAAAUAUUUCUACAAACGCAACACAGCCUCCCACGGCACGUGUCAUCAACAUCACCACCGCACCCACACUCUCCCCCACUGUGCCACCCGCAACAGCGCCCCUGGGAGCCGCCCCGACGACGACAGCAAUAGCAAAAGCGGCCGUUGGCGAGGAUGUCCAAGAGGAAGGUUCCAACGCCACCAUCAUUUUGGCAACGAUUCCUCCACCCCCACCUCAAGCGCCGACUGAUGGCCCUCUGCCAACGCUCAGCCCAGUGACUCCAUCUCCUACCACUUUAGUGGGCAGUGAGAAUGGGACCACACCAUCCAUUCUAGACACCCCUACACCUGACCUAUAUGAUGACAUGACCAUGGAGACGGAGACCACCGCAGAACCUGACAGGAAUUACACCCCAGAUGGUAGCCCGCAUGACAACAACACUUCUGAUGACAUGCCAAUCAUAGCGGUGAUGGUGGCCCUGUCUUCCUUGUUGGUCAUUAUAUUUAUCAUCAUCAUCCUCUACAUGCUCAGGUUUAAAAAAUACAAGCAGGCAGGAAGCCACUCCAACUCCUUCAGAUUGACCAAUGGAAGAUCAGAUGAUACCGAACUCCAGAGUGUUCCGCUAUUGGCCCGUUCUCCCAGCACAAACAGGAAGUACCCACCCCUUCCUGUCGACAAGCUCGAGGAAGAAAUGAAUCGUCGCAUGGCUGAUGACAACAAGCUAUUCAGGGAGGAGUUUAACGCUCUGCCAGUCUGCCCCAUUCAGGCGACGUGUGACGCCGCAUCCAAGGAAGAGAAUAAAGAAAAGAACAGAUAUGUCAACAUCCUGCCCUACGAUCACUCCAGGGUGCAUCUGUCAUCACUGGAAGGAGUGCCAGACUCUGACUUCAUCAAUGCCUCCUUUAUAAAUGGUUACCAAGAGAAGAAUAAGUUUAUUGCAGCUCAAGGACCCAAGGAGGAAACAGUAAAUGACUAUUGGCGGAUGAUCUGGGAGCAGAACACAGCCACCAUUGUGAUGGUGACCAAUCUGAAGGAGAGGAAAGAGUGUAAGUGUGCCCAGUACUGGCCGGACCAGGGCUGUUGGACAUAUGGGAACAUCCGUGUUUCUGUGGAAGACACAAUGGUUCUCGUCGAUUACACCAUCCGCAAGUUUUGUAUCCAACAGGUUGGGGAUGUAUCUGGAAAAAAGCCUCAAAGGCUUGUCACUCAGUUCCACUUCACCAGCUGGCCGGAUUUCGGCGUUCCUUUUACGCCCAUUGGUAUGCUGAAGUUUCUCAAGAAAGUCAAAACGUACAACCCUCAAUAUGCUGGUCCCAUUGUGGUCCAUUGUAGCGCGGGAGUGGGAAGAACGGGUACGUUCAUGGUGAUAGAUGCCAUGUUGGAUAUGAUGAACACCGAGAGGAAGGUGGACGUGUUUGGAUUUGUCACCAGGAUUCGAGCCCAGAGAUGUCAGAUGGUCCAGACUGAUAUGCAGUACGUGUUCAUCUUCCAAGCGUUGUUAGAGCACUAUUUGUACGGAGACACUGAGCUGGAGGUGACUUCUCUGGAGUCCCACCUGGCUAAAUUGUACGCCCCUUCGCCAGGAGCCGGCUGCAGUGGUUUGGAGGCUGAAUUCAAGAAACUGACAUCCAUCAAAAUCCAGAAUGACAAGAUGAGAACAGGCAAUCUGCCUGCCAACAUGAAGAAGAACCGAGUACUACAGAUCAUUCCAUACGAGUUCAACAGAGUGAUCAUUCCGGUCAAACGAGGGGAGGAGAACACCGACUAUGUCAACGCGUCUUUCAUUGACGGCUACCGUCAGAAAGACUCGUACAUGGCAAGCCAAGGCCCCCUGCAGCACACUAUCGAGGACUUCUGGAGGAUGAUCUGGGAAUGGAGAAGCUGCUCAAUAGUCAUGCUCACUGAGCUGGAGGAGAGAGGGCAGGAAAAGUGUGCUCAGUAUUGGCCCAGUGAUGGCGUGGUGGUCUACGGUGACAUCUCCAUUGAACUUAAACGGGAGGAAGAAAGUGAGAGCUACACAGUGCGGGACCUCCUGGUUACCAACAACAGGGAGAACAAAGCUCGAGCAGUGCGUCUGUUUCAUUUCCAUGGCUGGCCAGAAGUGGGCAUCCCCACUGACGGUAAAGGCAUGAUCAAUAUAAUUGCUGCAGUGCAGAAACAGCAGCAGCAGUCCGGCAACCAUCCGAUCACAGUACACUGCAGUGCCGGUGCGGGCAGGACAGGGACAUUCUGUGCAUUGAGUACAGUUCUGGAGAGGGUGAAGGCAGAAGGCAUUUUGGAUGUUUUCCAAACAGUCAAGAGUCUCAGAUUGCAAAGACCCCACAUGGUGCAGACACUGGAGCAGUACGAAUUCUGCUACAAAGUUGUCCAGGAGUAUAUUGAUGCCUUUUCUGACUAUGCCAAUUUUAAAUAGAGACCCGCCACGGAUGGUUGGAUGGAUGUCUACAUAUCAUACUAACACCACAUGCAUGCACCAGAACACACACGAACAUGAGCGUGCAGAAAGCUGCAUACUUCCAGCUGCAAAAUUGUUUUCCUUUUCAAAGUGACACAUCACAUUACGGUUCUGUGGAUGGGACAAACUGCCGUCAGAAAAAGGGAACCGAGUUUUCAGUCUGGAUGGGAGGGCAGUGCAGAAAGGAGAUGCCUUUUUGAGUAUUUUGUAACAUUGCUCUUGUUGAUACAGCCCAUGAUUUUACUUACAUCGACAUAUUUACUGUGUUGCAUCGUUUAACUUUUAUUUUCGGACACAGUUUUGAGUUUGGCUGCAUUUUUGGGUGGCACCUGUAAAUUUUAAUGCUAUAUAUAUAUUAUAAAAUUCUAUAUGAAUACAAAACUAAUGCUUUGGAGGUUUAUGUAAAAUAUUGCUUUUUUUUUUAACUCGCUAAGGACUGAAAACAUCCGAAGCGCCAUGCUGUAGUAACGUACGGUGACAAAGGCGUAAGAUGAACUUGAGAUUUUGGCAGAUCAAUUCAUUCUCACAGAAUCAGUCGUUAUUGUUAUUAGUAUUUUCACACCACUUUGCAAUUCAAAUGUACCAAAUGCACAUUGACAGCAGCCUGGUGCAGUUUUCGGAGGACGUAUUUGUUUGCAUUUAAAAUGCAGGCUGGUGGAGAGGUCACAGUGGCUUCUAAUGUAUGAGCAGAUAGCCAAAGGUUAUCUGUAACUUGGUUCUGCAGCUAAGGAGGCACUCGGAAAAAUAAUUAUUGCGGAUCUUUGUCGGACUGGACAACAGCAGUUUAAAUAUUAUGCUUUUGUUUUUUUUCUGCCCAAUAUAUGGGCAAAUGUAAUCAAACAUAACACUUGAGUCAUUCAGUCCGACUUAAGCAUAGUCCUCCGCAGAGUAUACAUUUAUUAAUUAGGAACAUUUUUGGAAGAACCCUGACCUCAACACAUUAAGAGAAUAAAUAGAUCGGCCUCAAAGUCUUUCCAGGAGAGUGUAAACUGUUUUUGCCUGUAAAGGGGAGCCCAACUCCAUAGAGUAUUUACUUCCAUUUUCUUUUCUGUAUGGUCAGCUAUCCCAAUACUUUUAUCCAUAUAUGUCAGGUAAAAACAGCACAUGCACACCGCAGUAUUUCCUCCAAAGUUGUGUUGAGCCUUUCUUGUAUCACUCAGACAUCGCAACGCAGUUUUGUCGCUUUUUAAAAGAAUGUCCAUUCAUUCCCACCAUGAUGUUGAAGAAUGCCACUUUUUAUUCGAAUGCUGUUUUCUAACAGAAGUAGGUAUUUCCUUCUUUUUUUUUCCACACUGUGUGCCAUGCUGUGUUACUCUUUUCAUUUUUUUCUCCAAAUUGCUGUUCUCUGUGAAACACUCACACUUGAACUACCAUUACAGAUGAGGGUUAUCCCCUCUUGAUGAUUGUAAUGAAAUAAUGAAUGAUGUCAAUUAAGAUGGGGGGGGGGCUAUAAGUCAACCAUGAUCUUUGCUGGAGCAAACCCAGGAAAUGAAGCUCAUCCUCACACACUGGAAAACAAUAAAAAGAGAGCAAGACA